AUGGCCUCUAGCCAAGCUACAGACAAGCAAACUGCAGUGGUUGAGCCAAAGCAAGAGCCGGUGGGUGGCGAUGGAAUGGACGGAAUCCAAACAGGUGGGGGGCAAAAUGAAACUACUCCUGCCGAAGACAAAGGCUCGUCAAGCGGGGAGAAACAGCCACCCCCAAGCCAAUCGUCCACCAGCGAACCACCUGCUGAGCAGGGUCCUCCUAGUGGAGGAGGAGGAGGAAGCGACACUUCUAAGUCGAAUGGGGAAAACAAAUCACCUCCAGACAAAGAUUCCAACCCCGGAACAGACCCUAAUCAAGGUGGCUCGGGGAAAACGGCUCCCCCCUUGAGUGCAGAGAGUAUAAAUUGGCUUGCGCACGACUAUAAGGAGGGUUCUCAAGGAAAAAAGAGGCCCCGCCCAGAUUCGGCCAAGAUCGACAAUUCCGAGCAAGGCAAGCCCCUUUUCAAAACAGAUAAUGGUUCUUUCAACUACCGUGUUCCGUCCGGACUUUCUACCGAGAAUAGAGAGUAUGAUGAAGACCUUCACGGGGAUCUAAUAGGGAGAGACGAGGUCCCCAAUAAUAUGAAAACUUUGGCACUGGUGAGCGAUGGCAAGGUGCCGAGGUAUCUCAACCAGUUCAUCCAAGGUAACGCACUCAUAUUACGGAUUCAGACGACUAAGGACAAAGAAUUCAUCAAAGGAAGCGGGAAGCCCCUUACUUCUGACAAGCUCCAAACCCAAUUCAACGAUAGACGUUGGGGUGACGUAUACGACAUACUGGGCGUAGCAAUACCUGGCGACGAAGACAAGCCAAGGGAAACGCUGGCAAAGAUUGACCCGGAGAAUUUGUAUGCAUUCCAGAGUCGAAUGAGCCUGUUCAUUCUCAUUCAGUGGACGGACAAGACGACCUCAUUUGUGAAUCGUCAAUGGUGGCGUGAUAAUUACGUGCCAAAGCACAUGUCACCGGCAGAUAAGCAAAAGAUCUACACCAUCCGAUACCAGGAAGCGUCGCCCGCUGGUUCCACCAGCUUUGUUGAUAGAUAUCGACAGAACAACAACGGAUUCAAGGACUACAGGCUCCUGAAGUGGGCUGUGAAGUACGAAAAAAUGUACUGGGAAGCCAAGCAUCCGGAGACACCAUUCCACAGUGGCCGAGAAAAGUCGCCGUCUCCGAUUAAUGACGAUAUUGCCGGACUUCGAGAAGCAACAAUGCCGCCUGGAACAGUGCCUCCCAAUCCGAAUGUCGACGUCCGAGACACAAUCGAGUCGUCUUCCGACCGCGAGGCCACUGGACGGCAGCAACGACAAAUCUCUGCACCGCCGCAGGCUUCCUACCAGCAGUCCCCACCACCCCAGUCACAACCCACGCCACUAGGCUAUCCCCACCCCUAUCUACCGUUUGCGAUGCCACCGUGGCAAGCCUACAACGGCUCCCCUGCAUCGGGCGAGCCCCUACCAUCGCAGAACUACGCCCCCCAGCAAUAUCCCCCACCUCAUGGACUUCCAGCGCACUACCCUCAGCUGCCUUACCCUCAGCCGCCCUACUACCAACCCCAGCCCCAUUCAUUUUAUGCACAGCCACCUCAAGCUGUUCCUGCGCUGUAA